AUGACUUUGACUGCAUGGAAUACAUUGCCUAUUUCAACGGUGGAUGUGAAUAAUUUACUAAAUACUGAUUUUAACAUGUAUACGACCGAACCAUUGUUACCAGAGGAAUGGGUGAAAUUUCAGCGAAUCCUAGUUGGUAAUUGGACUGAUGAGAAACCAUAUGAAGUGAAAUCACGUGAAUUGUGCCCAGAAAAGCAGAAUAAUACACAGCGUGCACCAUUAUCAAUAGCGAAUGUCAACCACAAAUUGUCAUCGACCGGUUCAAGUGGAAAUAGAGUUCAUAAAAGACGCCCAAAUAGUAUAUGUACUCAAAAUUAUCUUCGUAAUACACUGCGUAUAUGGAUGUCCGGAAAGGAAAAUAAACAAAAGUUUUCAAAGAGCGUUCGUGAUGGAAGUGGGUAUGGCUAUGUACAAGGACAGCAUAAUGGUUGA